AUGGCUGACAAUGGCGGUAGUUCUCGUGGCGGUGGUCGAGGGGGCCGAGGUGGAGGAAGCACUCGGGGUGGUGGCGCAAGAAGCAGGCGCGGCCGUGGUGGAUCAUCUCGUCAACAAGGCGGGCCAACAGCAAGCACCACCGGCGGCGGCCGCGGCGGCGGCGGCGGCAACAACACUCCCGUCCACAGAGCCAUCGGCGACGAGACAACGGACAAGAUCGGGAGGGAGGUGUCCGAGCUGGUCAUGUCCUCUCGCCCCGAUGAUUGCUCCAAGCUCGAGGCGCUCCUGGCCCAGACCCACAAGCAGCACCCGAAGAGGCUGCAGACUGUCUUACAUCGCAACACCACGUUCUCUUUUCCGCAAGGGCACAUGCUGGCGGCAGCUUGCUCCAACGGGAAGGUCGCCGCGGCCGACCUCCUCCUCCGCUACGGCGUCGAGCCCAACAAGCAGUGCCCCUCCGGUUCCACCGCCCUGAGCCUCGCCUGCUACAACGGGAGGACGGCCUGCGUGAAGCUCCUGCUGGGGCUGCCGGGCUCCCUCCGCGGCCCCGCGGUCGCGGGCGUCGGGGUGCCCUCGCGGGCAAGCCCGAGGGUGGCCCCUGCCUACGGCGCCAACGCCCUGAUCCACGCGUGCAGGUGCACCAACGAGAAGGCGGCCGAGGAGAUCGUGGGUGCCCUCCUGGAGGCCGACCCUUCGCUACCCCUCGAGGCUGCCGAGGGGGCUCUGGCGUUGCACGCGGCGGCGGUCAGCGGGUUUCCGCGGGUCCUGGAAAGGCUGUUGAAGAGUAAUGAUCAGUUACCAGACGACCAGUGCGAGACACAGCUGGGGUGGAUCAACAACGACAACCUCUGCGCGCUACAGGGGGGGUGGGGGUGCGUUGUGGUGCUGGUGCGGGCGUCGGGGAACGGGAUCAGGAAUGCUCUCCACGGCAGCUUGAGUCUCAAGACGGAUGUCGUGCGCGAUCGGUUGCUGUCCUUCCUGGGACUCAACGCUCUCGUCAAGGAUAUCAGAAAACAGCGCGACGAGGUUGAAAAAGCAGGCGGGAACGCGGACGUGGCCGAUGACUUCUCGGAUUACACGAUGUCGGUGCUCACCCACGUCUCGGCCAUGUACAAGGCCGUCCUGAAGCUGCCACGGUCAGCGCUGCAAGGGCCACAGCAGUCCACCACGAGCCGGCUGCUAGUCGAGGCGUGCCUAGACGUGUGGCAGAACGUCUGCACGUGCAUCGCGAGGCUUGGCAAGAUGCUGCUGUACGGGCUGCAAGGGCAGCAGGAGGGCGAGCACGGCGAGGUCCUCUACGAGCGGGAGGGCCUGCUGUUCGACAACCUGUGGGAGCUCGUGUUCCGCUUCUUGGUGCCCCACGCGGACGAGGUUGCCUGUUUCUUGGCCGACCACGACGCGGGCAAGGGGAAGAGCCCCACCAGCUCUAUCCUUAAGGUUGUCGGGUCGGCGUUCCCCUCCCUGUGGACGGGGCUGAGCGAGGCGCUCUCCGUCGUGGAAGGCGACGUCGGGGGCACCGAGCCGGACAGGUUCGGGGCUCUGCUGAGGGGUUACCUGGCCUACCUCCACCUUGCCGACGACAGCGAGGAGCACUACAAGGCCAUUGUGAAGGUUGUCAAGGAGAACGGAGUGGACACGGGGUUGGCGAGCUCCGCGGCCGCCGCCGGCGGCGACAGCGGCGGCGGCAGCGGGGUUAGGCGCGGUGGUAGAGGGCAGUCAGCAGGGCGAAAUCCCAGGAACAUCCUCACAGCCAUCGCCGCGGAGACAGAGCUCGGGAUUCCCGAAGCCUUCCGAGAGCUGGUUGUGGAACAGUCGGACGCCGUCGAGGAGAUCCUUGACGCAGACCCGGCGGUGCUGGAGAACCGGCUGUCGGUGCUGCUCCGCAUCGAGGGGGCCGUCGAGACCCCCCAGAAGCUGGACUACAUCGCCUCUGCCCUGGAGGCGAGGGCCGGGCGGUCCGGCAAGGGCCUCGAGCUCUGCGUCAACCGCAUGGCCGAGCCCCACGAGAUCGUGGAGGUGACCAUGCAACAACUUGCGGCCGCGCCGCCGAGGGCAAUGGCACCGCAUCCGGAGCUCAAGUUUGUCAACGAGCAAGGGCAAGGCGACGGGCCGAUGCGCGAGCUCCUCGACCUGCUGUCGGAGGUCUUCAACCCCGAGCGCACGAUCACCGUUAGCGGUGCCGGCGGCGGCAGCAGCGCUUCGGACACGUCCGCCUCCGCCACCACCGCCUCCGGCCCAUCCCCCGGCGGCGGGGCUAGUGGCGGCGGCGCGGCCGGAGGACGCUCGACCGGUCGCUCGACCCUCAACCCGGCGGCGGCGGUGUUUGUCAAGCCCGGACCGGGGGGGGCGGAGGCUAGGGCGGGGGCGGCGGGGGCAUCAUCGUUGCCGAGCCCUCCCGUGUCGGCGGACAUGGCCAGGCUCGCGGCGGCAUUUCUGGCCGCUGCUCCGGACGAUUACGAGGUUCCGCGAAGCGGCGGCGGCGGCGCUGCCGCGAUGCCGUCAUCACGGGGCGCCGCCGCGACGGCGCCGCCGCCGGGCGUAGACAGGCUCACGAAUGCGUCUCGAGAGGCGGACGAGUCGGAGCCCUGGCGGAGCAGGGGCGUCCGCCGUAUCGUGAUGCUAAGCCACGAAGGUGGCGGCGGCGGCGGCAAUGAUGGUGGUGGAAGUGGCCGCCGUCCAGGGGGAGGGGCGGGAGGGCCAACGGCAGCACCUCCUCCUGCUACCCCGGGAGAGACAUCGACCCAAAUCAGGGAGGAAGCAGCGCGCGAUAGGAGCAGGAAGGUGUCGGAGGUGGCCGGGUUCUGGAAGCAGUUCCCGCUAUUCAGGAGGUACGAGCCGGACCCGGCGGCGGUGGUGCCGCGCGCGGCGGGAGAGGCCGGGGUGAACUCGGCGAACGACAGGGAGGGUAUGGAGAGUCGCCUCAGGUUCUUCCGCGCCGCCGGUCGGAUCAUCGCCAUGAGCGUUGUGUCUGGCUCGCCUCUGGGAGUUGUCAUGCCCGAGGCGGUCUGGAGCGUCCUCCUCGGGUCGACGCCCACGUGGGAGGAUUGCUGCGGGCGGGACACUCAGUACCUGGAGUCGAUGCGGAAGGUGCUGGCCCACGAGUUCGGCAAGGGGGAGGGCGGGAACGGGAUGGAGCUCUACUUCUCCGUGUCUGAGAGAGGGAUCGACGGCAAGGUUACGGACGUCCCUCUGCUGGCGGGCGGCGAGAACAAGCGCGUCACCGACAAGAACAAGCAGGAGUUCGUCAACCUGGCGACGAGGAGGCGUGCUCUGGGAGGGGCGGAGAAGGCCGUCGCGGCCCUGCGGUCGGGCAUGACCGACGUGAUCCCCAAGAACCUUCUUUCGAUCCUUCUGCCUCCCGAGGUGGCGAGCAUCGUGUCAGGCCCCCAGGGAGAGGUGAACCUGUCAGAACUCCGGACCAACGUCUGGUACGUGGAAAGCGACGGGGGGUUCGGCUGCAGCCACAAGUCGAUCCGUUGGUUCUGGGAGUGGACCAAUGAGCUCACGGAGAGCGAUCGUCGGAAGCUGCUGCUGUUCUGGUCAGGCAGUAGCCGGGUGCCGCCCUUCGGGUUCGAAGACGACGCUCUCAACGAGGAUCACCGUUGGGCCAUUGACAAGGGACCUGCCGCGAACGUGUGUCCCACGGCCUCCACGUGGUAA